AUUGUAUUCAUAUAGCUUAGAUAUUCACUCAACCUAAACCGAUGAAUUAAUGUUCCUAUAAUAGCCUUGGGCAUUACCACGAACGCGCAACGCGCGUUACUAAACUAGUAAUAAUAUAGAGCGGAAAGUAAUAGAAAGGUGCAGGCUGCAUGUGUUGUUGUUGGGACUGGGAGAGAUAGUGAUAUAUACUACGUAUGUAUCCGGACUUGAAGCGAUGAGCACAUGGGCAUGGGCCCACUGCUCUGCUAGUCGCCAACUCGCAAAUGGAUACCGCUCUGAGAACAAUUGAACAAAACCGGGAGAUGGAUGAUGAUCAACCUCUCGCCUAUUCCCCUCGGUAAUCAACAACCACUUGCUUUCCUGCAUCACUCUACUUUCUACUCAUUCGCUCCGCUUCUUCCUCUCCAUUUCCAUUUCACUAAUACUCGUAUUAUAUAUAUUGCCCCUCCUUUCUCCUGGAUACAUGUCACUCGGGUUUAACCAUAACCCUUUCUUUGAAUUUCUUCUUCCUUGACACAAUAGGCACGCUGAUGUCUCAACCGCAUACAUCGUCUUCUGGGAUAGGCUCAAUUUCGUGUUUAUUGUAAUGGGUUGUGUCUACUCCAAAGCAUGCAUUGGGCAGAUAUGUCCUCCGAGAGAGUUGGAUGCUAGAGACCCUGGAAAUGUCAAAGUAGCGUCUGAGAACCCUGUCUUUUCACCUGCUUCCUCAGACGCGGAGGAUGUGGACAUCAGGGAACAGUUAAGUAUAGGCAGGGACCACGAAAUUGGUAUAGCUAGGUCAUCUCGCGUCUCUUUACAAAUUUUACCCCCCGAAGGGGGCUCCAUACUUCAACCUGCUAACUACGAAUUAAGGUACUCAUAUCUGUCUCAAACAGGGUAUUAUCCCGAUUCUCUUGAUAAAGCUAAUCAAGAUAGUUUUUGCAUCUCUACUCCUUUUGGGAUGACUCUGGAUGACCAUUUCUUUGGGGUUUUUGAUGGACAUGGAGAAUUUGGAGCUCAAUGCUCACAGUUUGUGAGGAAGAAGUUGUGCGAAAAUUUGCUUCAGAAUAACAAAUUUCAUCUAGAUGCUGUUGGGGCAUUCCAUGAUGCUUUCUUGAUCACUAACUCACAAUUGCACGAUGAUGCUCUGGAUGAUAGCAUGAGCGGGACUACGGCAAUUGCCGUACUCGUACGUGGAAAAACAAUUUAUGCUGCCAAUUCAGGCGAUUCAAGAGCCGUCAUAGCUGAGAGAAGGGGAAAUGAUAUUGUGGCAGUGGACCUAUCGAUUGAUCAAACCCCAUUUCGUCAUGAUGAACUUGAAAGGGUUAAGCAAUGUGGGGCAAGGGUUCUCACCAUGGAUCAGAUUGAAGGACUGAAGAACCCAGACUUUCAAUGUUGGGACACAGAGGAAGGCGAUGAUGGUGAUCCUCCUAGACUUUGGGUACAAAACGGGACAUAUCCUGGUACUGCUUUUACAAGAAGUAUAGGAGAUUCUAUUGCUGAGACUAUUGGUGUUGUGGCAAACCCUGAAGUUACAGUUCUGGAGCUAACCCCAAAUCACCCCUUCUUUGUGAUUGCCAGUGAUGGUGUAUUUGAGUUCCUCUCGAGCCAAAACGUUGUGGAUAUGGUUUCGAAGUAUAAGGAUCCCCAGGAUGCUUGUGCAGCCAUAGUUGCUGAAUCAUAUCACCUGUGGUUACAGUAUGAAACUCGUACUGAUGACAUUACUGUGAUAGUUGUCCAUAUUAUUGGAUUAAAUGAUGCUGCAGGUGUUCAAUCCAAAAGUUAUGAAGCAGCUGUAAGAUUCCCUUUACUUCAGGAUGCAGAUACAUCAGGUUCAGAAUCUCCAACUGUCAUGAGCUGGAAAUCAAAGAAUCAACGAGAAAGACAAGAUAUAUCACAUGCACGGCUUCAUGCUCUUGAAAAUUCCCUCGAGAAUCGGCUGAUUUGGAUGCCUCCUUCUCCACGUCACAGGAAGACCUGGGAAGAAGAAGCACAAAUUGGGCAGGUCUUGCACGAUCACUUUCUUUUUAGAAAACUGACAGAUUCUCAGCAUCAUGUUUUACUGGAUUGUAUGAAAAGAGUGGAAGUUCAAGCAGGAGACAUUGUAGUGAAUAAGGGUGUUGAAUGUGAUUCGUUUUAUGUAGUUGGAAGUGGAGAAUUUGAGGUCCUGGAAACAGAGGUGGAAAACCCCGGAGGAACACAAAGGGUUCCACAGAUAUACACCGCUGAGAAGCUAUCAUCCUUCGGAGAGCUGGCCCUGAUGUACAACACACCUGCACAGGCCUCUGUUCGUGCGUUAACAACUGGAACACUCUGGGAACUCACAAGAGGAGAUUUUAGAGGAAUCCUUACAUCAGAAAUUUCUUAUCUGUCAUCAUUGAAACUGCUUCAUUCAGUAGAUCUUCUAUCAAGACUGACAAUUUUACAGCUAAACCAUAUAGCAGAUUCUCUUUCAGAAAUUAGUUUCUCUGAUGGGCAAACUAUAGCAAAUAAGGAUGAAGAUCUCCUUGGUCUGUACAUCAUCCAAAAAGGGGAAGUCGAAGUGACAUUUGACAUGGAUACAGUGAAAAUAAAAAACAUAUCAAGUCUCAUAUGCAACAACAAGAAGCAUGAUUUGGUGCCAAACAACAAGGGUGUCUCACUGCAAAAGGCUGAAGGAAGCUAUUUUGGGGAGUGGACACUUCAUGGCGAAAAUGUUGGCUGCUUAAGUGUCAUUGCUGUGGGCAAUGUAGUUUGCUCGGUCCUAACAAAGGAAAAGUUUGAGAGAGUCAUGGGACCUGUGACAACUUUCACCGGGUGACGAAAAAUUGCAAUUCAUUCAUGUGCCCUUUGAUGCGAUUCUCACUGGAUGAUCUCAAGUAUGUUAGUAUCUUCCGUGAACUUGUGAAGUAAUCAACAUAAGCAACAAAUUAGUAUCUUCGGUCCUUGGCAGUAAUGAGAACUUGAGAAGCUCACCACCCUCUUCUUUAUGUGGGCCCACAACUACUCUUCAAAUAUCUCUGAAGAACCAAUCAAAAGGUGUGGCACUUCGAUUCAUGCAAAUUUGCAACUCAUUGAUUUCGUAGCGUUGCAUAUUUUUCAGUUAAGAGUUCCAAAAACCUGUGUGGGUGGUUCGGCCAUGACUGCACUUGCCAAUUAUUUUAUAGUAAGGCAUGCCCUUUAUUCCAGAGGGUUUGAGGCCUAGCUGUGUGGCCUUCCAUAUACUUUCCUUGAGGGUUGGAAUCAUCUUAAAGUGCUGCACGGCCUGCACCCCUAUCCUUGAUAUGUAGAUGGUCUUACCCAAUGACCUAAUAAUUAUAUAAACAGGAGAUUUUAGUGGCAAUCCGAUGUAACACAGGAUUCUCUGCAUUUCAGAACUUACAGAAAGUUGGAACAGCUUUCUUUUCCUUCUCAUUUCUACAGAUAAGAUGCUUAGCCUGGAUAGAUUUUCAAAGCUAUGACUUUUUGAUAAGAGAACAAGUUUGAAAAGAAUUGGUGUUAUUGAUGCGCCUAUGGUCUACCUCAACACCUUGUUAAGGUUGCAUAACAUACUUCUGCGGGCUGUGAGGACAGGAUCUACUUCAUGCUACAUGGUGAAAUGAGGCGUGUGAACUUAGUUUUGCUCAAAUUGCAUAAUUAUUUGAAGUGAAUGAGAACUUGAGACUUGGAAUUCAAGGUGUCAACCAAUCAGGAUGAGUGACACAAAUGAGACAAGAAAAUUAAGACAAGAUUGAAUUCCUCAAAAUCCACCUGUAGUUUGAUGGUUUUUAUUGGAAUGGGUAUACUCCCAAUUCAACAUCCCUAGGAUUGCUACAGAUUUACAUAUCAUGACUCCGAAGAUUCAUACUCCCCAUAGCUUGAAGAAUUACAACGGUGUUGUGCCCUUUUUCCAUCCAUAUGUUGGAAAUUGCUCCACCAGCAUUAUAUAAAACACUACUUACAUGUAGUUAGUUUCCUCAAGUAAUUACUAGAUAUAAUAAGCACAAAUAAUAAAAUGAGUAUCAGCAAAUAUACCUAAAACAACUAUUAUUAAAAGAUCCCACAAUUACAUCC